ACUAAAGCUACGCUUGGUUUUGCAAAUCGAAAACGUCGACGGUACAAAGUACAAAUCCAAACGCAAAUACGUAAAAUUAAAAUCGAAUAAACACGUUUCCGAUUUGCAUUACCGAACGCAGCAAAUGUUUACGAUAUUCAAAUCAAAAGAUCAAAAGAUCAAUGAGACCAACUCUUUGCUAACGUCAGCAAGAUCUCACUUUCUUAUUGCUUUUUAUCUAGCAUUACUAAUUCGAGGAUAGGAUGAGAGAAAGAAAAGAGAUGGAAAAAUCUGAUACGACAGCUUGUGAUGGAAAAACACUAAAAAUUCUAAAAGAAUCUGAUUCAGCUUUUCAUUAUGAUUGGGUCUGGGACGACAAUUUUGUUAAAAGACUUGAUUUGGCAGUUGUGCUUUCCCAGAAAAACACACAAGUUGUGUUUAAUCCUGUAUAUAGCACAGGUACAGCUGUGAUAAGAGGUGACAAACCACUUGAAAAAGAAAGACAUCACUUUUGGGAGAUACAAAUGAUAACGGAACUAUAUGGCACAGCUGUGAUGGUUGGAGUAGGAACUGCAAAGGCUGUAACAGUACAAACCUCAGGUUUCUAUUCUUUAGUUGGACAAGAUUGUGAAUCAUGGGGUUUGUCAUAUACAGGAUUUUUACACCAUGAUGGUAAAAUCUGUAAAUAUGGGCCUCCUUUUGGUCAGAAUGAUUUGAUAGGAAUACAUCUCGACACUUGGACUGGUACUUUACAAUUUUUCCUCAAUCGAAAUCCAUUGGGUAUUGCUUUUACAAAACUGAACAAUGUUACACUUUAUCCAUUAAUAAGCAGUACAAUAGCUGACUGCAAAAUGAAAUUAUCUUAUAGCAUCUCGAUACCAGUGUCUUUACAAAGUGCCUGUCUAAGGGUUUUAACACCUUUGCAAAAGAAGAUACUGUGGAAAAAGUUUCCCACUUUGCGUCAUUUUUGUCAGUUUGCUGACAUGUUGCAGAGAUCAAGCGCUUGUAACAUAUGCUUAUCCGUUUUUUGGUGCCCGAUUGAUCAUGCACUUAAGUACGAAUAAACAAUAAAAAAAGUUUUCUUCA